AUUUCUUUCUUUCUUUCAAUUCAUUUGAUUUUGAUCUACAAUACAAUUCAUAUCAUAAAAUGACGAAAAAUGUUAUGCUUAUCACAAACUCAAGAGGACGCAUUGUGAAUUUGUUGAACGAUGAUGAUUCAACAAAGAAGGAACAAAUCAAAGUCAAGCGUAGAUACCAUUGUACAGAACCAGGAUGUCAAAAAAGCUUUACUACUAGUGGACAUUUGGCUAGACAUCACCGCAUCCAUACUGGUGAAAAGAACUUUCAUUGUUUAUAUCCAGGAUGCCCAAGUCGAUUCUCCCGCCAAGAUAACAUGAUGCAACAUUACCGUACACAUAUGUCCUCCCGCUCUCGAAACAAUCAUUACCAUUAUCAUCAUCUCUAUCAACAACAAUAUCAAUACCAACAAUAUCAACAAAGACUUCAGCGCCAACAACACAAACAACAACAAAUUUUCAAUGCUCAAUAUGGUUAUUACCAUUCACCAUCAUCCGAGACUGACUACAUGAGACCCAACGGUAGACGCGGCUGGUCCUCUUUCUCUUCCUCAAGCACCUCAAGUAGUAACUCAUCCCAUUCAUUGAUGACUCCUGAAAGCGAAACUGGAAAGCCUUUUUAUUAUUCGCCACCUUCUCCUUCUUCGGUUGGUACGCAGCAUAUGGAAAAAAGAAUAGAUUGGAUACAUUCCUAUCAAAAACGAACCGAGAAUCCAUCUCCAAGCAGCUUCUAUUUUAGUGGAUUUGUAUAAAUGAAUUCUCUAUGAUUAUGACACGUAUUAUGCACACUCCCUUCAUUUUAUUUAUAUACAUAUAUGUCUCUUUUUUUUUUAUUUCAUUAAUUUAUCAAGGAUAGAGUUUGAUUCUACAUAUACAGACAACACACAGACAGUACACAGACAAGAACAAAUUUUUUUUCGGUCUAAUUUAUAUUAAUUUAUAUGUAAUUUCUCUUUUUUU